CUGGGAACUUGCUAGGCCGAUGAGUUUGCAGCUGGACCGGUUGGACGGCUGCCUGCCUGACCUUGACUGGUGGCAAUGGCAGCCCCACCUCCUUUUAUUUUAAUUGAAGAAAAAGCCCUUUGCAAAGAGGGAAGUCCCUUUCCUUCAGCCUCCAGUUUCUCCUCCCUUGUUUUCUUUCGUUUUCGCUUUCCAUGCAUGACUUGCUCCCCUCUUUUUUGCAACCAGCCUCCCACACACUCCACGUCUGAAGGACAGGUUUUGGGGUGUUGCAGGCAACCCUUGGACUUGAACCCAGAACCUCUGAGGUGCAAAGAAGGCAAGAGAGAGCAUGGCCACUUUGGAAGUUUCCCCCGAGUGUGAGGCUCAGGUGAAGGCCUUCAAGGACAGCCUUUGCGCUCAGGCUGAAGAACUUGUCUCUACUCGCUUCCCAGAGAAAAUUGUGGAGCUCAGUGAUCUUCUGAAGGCCCCCGAACUGAGUGUUUCGGAUCUCAUUUCGCUUCGGGUCGUACUAGACAUCCCGGUACCUGACCCAAAGAAGGACGAAGAACGUCGCAAACAACGAGAAAAAGAAGGGAAAGAUGCUGGAAAAGAAGAGAAAGAUAGCAAAAAGAAAUCUGACGACGACGAUAAAGCUCCAGCAUGUGGUCCAGUUUGCCACAACGAGAAAAUCACUGCCUUGCUGAACCGCGUAAAACCAGAAAUCCAGGGCACAAAGGAGAAACUCAAUGUGAUCUCUCUCUGGCUACAACUCCUGGUGCCCCGGAUUGAAGAUGGCAACAAUUUUGGGGUUGCAGUCCAGGAAAAAGUGUACGAGUUGCUGACUUCAGCCCGAACAAAACUGGAAGGGUUUCAAACACAUAUUGCCAAGUAUUACUCUGAAAGAGGUGAUGCAGUAUCCAAAGCAGCCAAGAGCCCACAUGUGGGCGACUACCGCCAACUGGUGCACGAAAUUGAUGAGGCAGAGUAUGCUGAAAUCCGAUUCAUGAUCAAUGAACUUAGAAAUAUUUACGCGGUAGUCUAUGACAGUGUGCUGAAGAACUUUGAGAAGAUUAAGAAGCCCCGCGAUGAAAACAAAGGGAUGAUAUACUAAGUGGCCCAUUGGGAGAAAAGAGAUGGAAGAAUGACUCUCCUUCAGCCAGCCACUGAAAUUUCCUGCCUCCUCCUUAGCCAGCAACACAUUUCCAUCCCCUUUAAAAUAAAGUGAUUUUAAAAUAUGAA